UCUUCUUGGUGAGCUGAGCCAAAUGAUCCGACUCACUAAAAAGAGCCUGAAUUCCCAUCACUAUUAGUGAUGUUUAAUAGCCUUGAGGGAAGUAGAAAGUAGGAGUUUCCGAGCAGCACCUGAAAGCAGCAUCAGGCUGAUGUCAAACUCCCAGGUGAGACAGACACGCCCUCUCUAGGACGACAGCACAGGAGGGAGGAUCCUGAACUCCUCAGAGAAGAACAGCCGAGAGUAUCAACAACACGGGGACGGACAGAAACUCUCACUGACGACCGAAACAUCAAGACAAAUCAAUUCAACAUCGACUAACCAGCGGAAUAACCAGCACUGAACUAGGGCAGACCGUGGUGUAGCAGUAUACAGCAGUGAUAUGGAUCGAUACGACGACAUGGAUCUGGACCUGGAUUGUGAUGGAGGAGGCGUAGCGCAAAAAGCAGCGUUAUUCGGUGGGAUGUUCAAAAAACCCUCCAAGACUGCCGAACCACUUCUCCAAGCACAGGACAGUUUAUCGAUCAGCAGUGAACUUUCGAAGAGCAGUGAUAGUCUGACUGACAACAGCACCAAGGAGAAAGGAGGCGUAUUUAAAGGAAUGUUUAAGAAGACAACCAAAACUGCCAAAGAGGGACAACAACAGGACUCCCUCUCAGCACAAAAUCCUGAACUGUCUGUCAGUAGUGACAGCUUAACAGACAACAAGUCAUCAAAGGAAAAAUCAGGUGUGUUUGGUGGGAUACUGAAACGAUCUCCUAAACCAGGACAUGUCCGGAGGCCUUCGCAGGAUCUUUUGGACAACGAGUUCACAGCCAGUAACGACACUCUCUCUGAGAACACCACAACCAAGGAGACGGGAGGCGUGUUCAGUGGGAUGUUUAAAAAACCGAAGGCUUUUGGAGCGAGGACACAAUCUCAGGAGGAUUUGUCUGCAGCCAGCGAGCUCUCAGGCAGCACCGACAAUCUUUCUGUGAAUAGCAACACUAAGGAGACAGGAGGGGUGUUCAGUGGGAUGUUUAAAAAGUCACCGAAGCUUUCUGGAGCGAGGACACAAUCUCAGGAGGAUUUAUCUGCAGCCAGCGAGCUCUCAGGCAGCAAAGACAAUCUUUCUGUGAAUAGCAACACUAAGGAGACAGGAGGGGUGUUCAGUGGGAUGUUUAAAAAAUCGCCAAAACCUUCUGGAGCGAGGACAAAAUCUCAGGAUGUUUGGUCUGAACCCAGCGAGCUCUCAGGCAGCAACGACAAUCUUGCUGAGGACACUAAGGAGAAAGGAGGACUCUUUAGUGGUGUGUUCAGAAAAAAAGGUGCCAGAACUCAGUCUCAGGAUGAUUUGUCUGUGGAUAUUGAACUCUCCGCCAUCAGUGACACACCCAUAGAGAAGUCUUCAAAGGCUGGAGUGGCAGCGAAGAAGAACCAAAAGACUCCUUUCACCUCCUCAUCUCAGGAUAAGGAAAAGACUGAACAGUCAGGAGACUCAAAUGAGAAUACCUCUACUGCAGAGAAGCCCAAAGCCAAGCAGAAUGGUUUUAGUGCGAUGAUGAAGAGCACGUUCUACAGUGACAAACAGGAGAAGGACUCCGACUCCGACAGUGAGGAGAUAUUGGACAAUGCAGAAGGCCAGCCCAAUCACAAACAGAGUAAAUUUGCCGGAGCGAUGGAAAAGUUGAACCCUUUUCGAUCUGCAAACAAACAUGAGAAGCAGUCAAGCUCAGAUGACGAGGAUCCACCUGCGAGCAGUGAGAAGUCAUCAGGCAACAAACAGAGCGCCAUGGCUGGAGCCAUGUCCAAACUGAAUUUUUUCCAGUCUUCACAUAAAAGAGACACAGAAGACACAGAGACGCUCAAGGAGAACCAGAAAGGAGGGGAAGAGAAGUCGAAACCGGUCAAAGGCAACAUGAUCCAGCGAGAGAGGAAGGAAAGAAGUGAAACUCCAACGGUCCCACCCAGACCAACUAAAGAGGAGAUGAAGGCGACGGUCACAUACGACAAUGUAAAAGCAAGAGGAACUGAGGAUAAUCAGGAGCUGAACAGAACAGCGGGACAAAAGCAGAAGAGCAGCCAUCAGAGCCGAUCAGACGAUGAAGGCCUCAAAGAUGAAUCUGCUGAAGCCAAAGAAGGAGACGAGAGGAACCCUCCAGAAAGCAAAACCACCAAGGUGAAAAAACACCAUAAUCCAUUCAUGCGACAAGCUGGAGCCAAGGCUCAAUCUGAUGAUGAAGGGCUGAAAGAAGAAGAUGGUUCUUCAUCCAAAGAGGAAAAGCAAGAUGAGGAGGGCAAGGAGAAAACAGAGACCAAAGUCAAGAAACCUAAGAAACACAAUCCUUUCAUGCCUCGGACCAAGGGCAGAAUUCCAAAGAGGAACGUACAGGACGGAGCUGCAGGCAACACAGAGAACGAAGGUGGAAAUAGAACCUUGUUCGACCAGCUGGAAGAGCUCCGUAUUGACCCAGCACAGCCUGAAGGCAGACAGGAUGUGGACCUUAUGGAGUGGUGGAUCAAUGUGGAAUCUUGGGAGGACACGCCUCAAGACGAAGACAUGACAGAAAAAGAAGAGGCCAAGGCGUUUGCUGUGACCGCAGAUAAGGUGCAGAAGGGCAUCCGUGUCUUCAACAAACUGUUCUCGGAGCGUGCCGAGAGCCUCUGGAUGCACGUCAUCGAACUCAACAGCCUCGCGGACGGCCUGGACAAGUUCAGCAAGAACACAAAGAUCGCUCAAAUCACCGGCGGCUCCACGAGCGCCAUCGGGGGCGUGUGCACCAUCACCGGCCUCGCUCUGGCCCCGGUCACCAUGGGAAUCUCCUUGAUCGUGACGGCGGUGGGAUUGGGUGUCGCCACGGCGGGCGGUCUGACAUCGGCCGGCGCCGGCAUCUCCAACCAGGUCAACAACUCGAUGGACCGCAAGAAGGUGGAGAAGAUUGUGAAGGAUUAUCAGGAGAAGAUGGUCGACCUCGACAAGUGCCUGAAAUUCAUCAAGCAGGGUAUCGAGAACCUGAAGAAGUUCGACCUGAUCAAGAUGAAAGAACACGCCUACAACCGUGACUUCCCCGUGAUCAGUAGUAGGUUCUACGAGGACGGCGCCAUGGCAGGGAAAGCCAUCCUCGUCAACGCCAACGAGAUCAUGCGCGUGGUGCAGAUUGCCAACGUGGCGGGCAGCACAGCAGCCAGAGCUGUCCAGAUCGCCAGCAUGGCCACCGGUGUGCUCACCGGACUCUUCGUAGGUAUGGACAUCUACUUUGUGGCCAAAGACUCAAAAGAGCUCAAGAAAGGGGCCAAGUCGGAGUUCGCCGCCAAAAUCAGGGAGGUGGCUACGCAGCUGCACGACGGUCUGGUGGAGCUCAACGGGAUACGAGAGGAGCUGCAGUCCACCACGCCAGAAGACACAACAGCCAACGAUACAGAUACUGUAGUCAGUGAGAAGAAAGAGAAAGAGGACAAAUAUGACAGUUCGAGUGAAGAUGAAAUCGACCGCAUUAAAAAAGCCAUUAAAAAGGACUAUGAGAACCGAGAAUAUGUUUGAGAGGAACUUUAAAAACUGGAAAAGGCCUUAAACUGUGCUUUAUUAUCACGGUUUCAGGGGGGAAGAUUCAAGCAAUCAGUUUCCUGUUGAAUGUACCGCCUCACAACUCCAGCACACUGCUGCGUUGUUAGCAUCUAUUAGGUGGUUGGUGCCAAUUUCUUAAAACAGGCUAUAAUCAGGCCUAUUAUGGCACUCUUGAUGAAAUACACUAGUUUCUAAAAACUUCCUUUAGGGACCUGACUUCUUGAAUCCAAACUGCAUUUACACUACUGAGAGGAACUGAGGCUUUGCGGUAGAUAAAGAUAGAUAGAUCACAUCUGCUUCUCUGGCUGUCGUGCCAGCGUGUGAAACCUGCCAUGUUGUCUUCAAUAAAACGAGAUUCAAAGAUUUAAUAAACUAAAUCAUGUAUUUGGAUAGUAUAGUUUUAGAUUAGUUAAAGAAAUAGUAUUUUCUAGACUUGCUUAGAGUUUCAUCAAAGUGUGUUAGUUCAUAUUGAAACUCUUUUACCGACCAGGUGUAGAGCCUGUGUAUACUCUUUUAGGGACGAGUGCCUUUUAUUAUUUACAAUGCCUUCGAAAUACACUAUGAUGGAAUGUAGCAUUAGUCUGUAUUUUUCUAUGUCUAUGUUGCUUAUUUUUGGUGUCAGGGCUGCAACAAAACCAUUUCCUCUAAUCCUCGGCUUGAGGUUUUGGAUCUGAUGUGGGAUGUUUUAAGUUUUUUUUACAAAGUCUUGAUGAUAUUGGUCUCAUUUUGAAGAAUGUAGUAGCAAUAAGCUUUGUUUUGGAUUGUUUUUUUUACCAUAGAGCCAAUAAAAAUGACCAAAUGAGAGUGAGAAAAAAACAGGAUGGGGUUGCACCAGCUGUUCGUGAAUAAGUUCUUAGCUACUAGCUAGUUGAUUCAUUAAAUCGGCAUUAUUAAAACUUAAGGAAUGUCUUAGCUAGUAAAGACUUUAGUAAUGUCUAAAUUGGUUGAUAGGAAAUGCCUGUAGCUGGAACAUAACUUCUAAAAAUAACAGUUUUAGGGAGGCAAGUGAAAUAGUCAAGUAAACUGCCAAUCCUUUGUUAAUGCAUGAGCUAGUUUGUAAUGUUGUGGCUUCUUUUUAUAAUAGUAACUAAUCUCUACGUGAGAAAUAGUCAUUGUGGAGCAACCUGUUGUAAUUUAGUGAUGUGUAAAUCUCCACUCGGUAAACACUUAACCAAGUUAAGUUUGAACAGCUGAUGCAACCGGCUUCAGACAAACACACAAACAUAGAAAAUCUGUCUGAGCAGAACUAAUGUGAAACAUAUGAUGGUCUUUUUUUCUUUCAAGACUCCUACAAGUUCAGUCAUUGUUUUUAAUCAUGUCUUCUGUCAUAUUAGAUGUUUUAAGGUGUAAAAUAGUCCCUCCAUAGAUGAAUGGAAUGACACAGGACUGUAAAAAGCAGCCAGGACUGUGCCAACCUCUCCUGAAAGGAUCUGUUUGCCAGUUCCUUUUAUUGUUGCAUUAAUAUUUUGAGUACUGUAAUUUCAAAGUCAGGGGUUCAAAGUCGGUCUGUACUGUAAGCUCUGAUGAUGAACAGCUCUGAGGUCAGUUAAAUGAACUUAAUAUUUAUUUUUCUGGGUGGCGUUGUUCAUUCGAUACUACCUUUUUAUGUGCAAUAUAUUGUAGAAAAUUAAUUAUUAAAGAUCAGAGAAAAAUG